GAAAAAAAAGCUGCCUUGGAGAAAGAAAGAGAAGAAAGGAUAGCUGAAGCUGAGAUAGAAAAUUUAACGGGUGCUAGACAUCUUGAAAGUCAGAAGCUUGCCUCCCUGUUGGCGUCAAGGCACUUGGAGAUUAAACAGAUCCCUUCAGAUGGCCACUGCAUGUACAGAGCUAUUGAAGAUCAGCUCAAGGAUCGCCAGAAUUCCUGGACUGUUGCGACUCUGAGGAACCAAACAGCAAAGUAUAUGCAAAGUCACUUUGAUGACUUCCUGCCAUUUCUUACAAACCCCAGUACUGGAGACAUGUAUAGCAGAGAGGAAUUUGAAAAAUACUGUGAUGAUAUAGCAAAUACAGCUGCAUGGGGUGGCCAACUGGAACUAAGGGCUUUGUCGCACAUUUUGCGAACACCUAUUGAAGUAGUGCAAAUGGAUUCCCCUCCCAUAGUUGUUGGUGAAGAAUACUCAGGCAAACCAGUAAUACUUGUGUAUAUGAGACAUGCCUAUGGAUUAGGAGAACAUUACAAUUCUGUAAAACUUCUAACAGAUGCUGCUACAGAAAACGGCAGUUAGUGUACAAAAGUCAUAAAUUCUUGUGGAUAACAGUUGCAUCUUGAUGUCCUAGGCUCCAGACAAUUCCCAGACAGACUGGAAAGUAAAACUAAAUGGA